ACUGUUGAAGUAAAGAAGGUGCAGCGACCAGCGAGGAAAUAUAAGUUAGGGUUUUGGGUUUAGAAGCAAAGCAUAAUUCAAGCGAGAAAAUGGAGGGUGCAGAUGAAGGAGGGAUAGAAAGAGUUGUUGACUCUAAGGACUUACAGCAACAAAGCAAAGCCCUUGAUAAGCUCACUGAUCGUGUCGAAGAUCGCCAGCUCGAUUCCACUCGGGUUCAAGAGGCUAUGGCAUCGAUUGCUGCAUCUGCAGAAGCCGAUUGGAAUGCUAUGAGAAUGAGGGAGAAAGAAUUGGCUGCUGUUAAAAUCAAUGCUGCUGAUGUUGACAUAAUUGCCAAUGAACUAGAGUUGGACAAGAAGGUAGCAGAGAGAACCCUAAGGGAGCAUAAAGGUGAUGCCGUUGCUGCUAUUCAACAUCUUCUUCGCUAGAAAACCAUGGUGAUGAAUCAAAACAUUGUGUUUCAAAUUUUGUUGAGAAUGAUCAGGACACUUUUGGAAUGUGAACAAGAAAGUUAGAUUAUUUUCCUGAGAAAA